UGAAUCUGAUUUCUGGCUCAUUCCACGAUGGAGUCAUGCUGUAUUCUCAUGCCCUAAAUGAGACUCUGGAUCGGUCAGGUGUGAGGCCCCCAGGGGACGUUAUCAAUAAGAGGAUGUGGAAUCGCACAUACCAUGGGGUUACUGGACUCGUUCAACUGGAUGAGAAUGGCGAUCGGGAGAUUGACUUUGCUCUAUGGGACAUGACCGACACGGGUACAGGAGUUUAUCAGAUUGUGUCCGUGUAUAAUGGCAGUCAGAAGCGGAUGAUUCCGGAGCCAGGGAUGAAGGUGUACUGGCUGAAGGGAAGUCCGCCUCCAGAUAUCCCACUGUGUGGCUUCAAAAAUGACAACCCUGCCUGUCUGGCAAAGACGGUCACCAUGCACCAGAUGAUCUCCAUAGUGGUGUGCUUCAUUUUUAUCAUCAUCGUAACCGUCACAGUCUUCAUAUACAGGAAGCUGAAGCUGGAGAAUGAGUUGACCGCUCAGCUGUGGCGUGUGCACUGGGAGGACAUCCAGUGGAGUAACAUGGAGAAGGUGCUGCGCAGAGCCUGCAGCAAACUCACCAUGUCAUUGAGAGGCUCUAACUACGGCUCACUGCUGACUAUGGAGGGAAACUUCCAGAUAUAUGCCAAGACUGGCUAUUACAAGGGAAACAUAACAGCCAUUAAGUAUGUCAACAAGAAACGCAUCGAGCUCACCAGGAGAGUGCUGUUUGAACUCAAGCAUAUGCGUGAUGUACAGAAUGAACACCUGACACGCUUUAUCGGCGCUUGUAUCGACCCACCCAACAUCUGUAUCCUUACUGAGUACUGUCCUCGAGGAAGCUUGCAGGACCUCAUGGAGAGUGAAGGAAUCACGCUGGAUUGGAUGUUUCGCUAUUCUCUGAUCAAUGACAUUGUUAAGGGAAUGGUGUUCCUCCACAACAGCGUCAUUGUCUCCCACGGCAACCUGAAGUCUUCCAAUUGCGUGGUGGACAGCCGCUUCGUGCUGAAGAUCGCUGAUUAUGGCCUGGGAAGUUUCCGCAAGGAGAACAACUUGGAGGACAUGCACGCUCUCUAUGCACGCAAGCUGUGGACAGCCCCCGAGCUUCUGCGUGCUGACAACCCACCUGUGUGUGGGACACAAAAAGGUGACGUCUACAGCUUUGGCAUCAUCCUGCAGGAACUCGCCCUGCUGAAGGGCGUCUUCUACCUGGAAGGCCCCUGUCUCAGCCCUAAAGAGAUCAUAGAGCGUGUGGCGGAGGGCCGCUGGCCGUACCUGCGUCCCCUGCUGUGUCCUCAGAGCCACAGCGAUGAGUUGGGACAGCUGAUGCAGCGCUGCUGGUCAGAGGACGUCAACGAGAGGCCCGACUUCAACCAGAUUAAAGUACUGCUCCGCAAGAAUAACCGUGGAUAUGGUUCCAACAUCCUGGAUAACCUCCUGUCCCGUAUGGAGCAGUAUGCCAAUAACCUGGAGGAGCUGGUGGAGGAGAGGACACAGGCGUACCAUGAGGAGAAACGUAAAGCUGAGGCUCUGCUCUAUCAGAUCCUCCCACACUCAGUGGCUGAGCAGCUGAAGCGAGGUGAGAUGGUGCAGGCAGAAGCCUUUGACUCGGUCACCAUCUACUUCAGUGACAUUGUGGGCUUCACCGCAUUAUCAGCCGAAAGCACACCGAUGCAGGUGGUGACACUGCUGAAUGAUCUCUACACUUGCUUUGAUGCAAUCAUCGACAAUUUUGACGUGUACAAGGUGGAAACCAUCGGUGACGCGUACAUGGUUGUGUCAGGCCUUCCUGUGAGGAACGGGAAACUGCACGCACGCGAGAUCGCCCGCAUGUCUCUGGCUCUGCUGGAGGCCGUUCACUCCUUUCAAAUCCGCCACCGACCCAACCAGCAGCUUCGCCUACGCAUCGGCAUCCACAGCGGCCCCGUGUGUGCAGGGGUGGUUGGUUUGAAAAUGCCUCGGUAUUGUUUGUUUGGCGAUACAGUCAACACAGCUUCACGCAUGGAAUCCAAUGGAGAAGCCCUGAAGAUCCAUGUUUCAGAGGCCACUCGAGCCAUCCUGCAGGAAUUCAACUGCUUCCAGCUGGAGCUCAGGGGAGAUGUGGAGAUGAAGGGAAAGGGACGGAUGAGGACAUACUGGCUGCUAGGAGAGAUCAGCUCCAAUAAUGCCUAAAAACUGACGGACAAGGAGAAAGAGCAGUGCACCUGAGAGGAGAGAACAAAACAAACGCAUCUAAACAAGUACUGGGACCGUGUGAAACAGCGGGAUGAAAGACGGUUUCUUCAGAAAAAGAUCAGACUUACAGUAGAAAGUAAUGUUUCAAAACUUGGGUUUGUUCAGCAUUCAUCUCCCAAAAGCUUCAAGUUAUUGCUUCAUGGGAAUCCAGUUGUGACUUCUUUUGCCAAGUAAACUCAAAAGAAAAAGACUAUACUUGAGCAGAAUCAGUGAGUGUUGAGUUGAACGGACCUUCUGCUGGUGUGACCGGAUCGAGUGUUUACGGGUCUCGUAGGACUUUUGAAUUCUGUUUUGUUGCGAUAGGUCUUCGCCAGAUUUUUUACAGCAGUCAUCAGGAGUCCUCUGGGUCUGUUUGUUGUCGUUCAUGUUAUUGGUCAUGCAGAGACACAGUGCUGUAGUUUUUUUAGCCAUGCAAAAUGUUCUCGAGUCCUCCUCUGGGAUGCAGGUCAGUUCAGAUCUCUUCUAUCUUCCAUAUCCGAUCCAGUCAGCAGAGGGUUUUGAACCACAGAUGAAAGUUACGCACAUAACAGAAAUAAUAAUAAAUGGCAAGUGUGAAUACGAAAGCAUAGAAAUGUGCAAUGAUGGAUUUUGUUCUCAGAUCUCAAGACCAUUUCCCAGCAGAAAUCCACAUGUAUUGAUGUUGCAAUAGUGUUUCGGAUGAAACCAGCACAGGGAUGUUCUUGUCUUCAUUUAAUAGCAGGAUUUACUGUCCCCAUGAAGUCAACAAGAAACAUCAACACUUUUAACUUCCAGAAUGUGAGAUAUUUCCAAAUGGAACUUGAUUUUAUCCAUUGGGUUUUAAUUUAAGUAUUAUUAGUGGUUAAUAUUGUUGUGCUCCAUUUACGAGAUUCCACUCUGAUCC